UGUACCAUCCUCAGCAAUAUCCAGGCUGUAGCCUCCAGUUGAUGAGGGCUCCAUCCAGAAGUAGGGUAUCAGGAUGGAUCGGGCAGGUCCGGAGAGCAGAAAGGGUCAGGAUCACUGGCAUCUCCAUAAAAUCAGGUGUGGCUUGACAGAAGGAGAGAGGGAGAGCAGGGGCUUUGCAGAAUCAUGAAGGUGUUGAGGAAGCAGGAGCUGAAGAAGGCUUUGGAAACACUCAGACAUUACUUUCCCCAGUCACAAGAGGUGUAUGGAUGUGUUUCUAUUAUUAAUCGAGCAGAAGUUGACCACAGAGAUGUGCUGGUGGACCGGUGGCCAGAUUUCAGUGUGCUUGUACUUGUUAAACCAAAAUGGCAGCAGAAACCAGACUUUUUUAAUGAUGUGAGCAUUUUUACUAAGGACGAAUCAUGUCUCAGGAACAUACUAACCAGGACAGACGUCCUAGACUGGAAGCAGUUCAUCAGUCUAAGUAUUGACCUGCAGCAUGAGGAAAUGUUAAAUGCUGUAGCAUUGAACAAUGGUGUACCAAUGAACAAAAUAAGUACCUGCCAUGUAAUGUGCCUGGAGGAUCCAUCCAACCUUCCAGCUGACAAGUUAUCUAUUCAAGUCUCAUCAGUCAAGGAGUCUCAUGUUGCUCUGAUCAAUAGCACAUGGAAGUUUGGCAUGGGUGAAUUCACAGAGCCCAUGGUCAGGAGCAUGAUCUUAAAUUACCCUUCAUGUUGUGUACUUGACUCAGAGGGUCAGCCGGUGUCAUGGACAUUGACGUAUUCUAACUGUGCGAUGGGAAUGGGGUACACACUCCCAGAGCAUAGACGCAAAGGCUACUCCAAAGCCCUGGCCACCAUAUUGGCAAAGAAACUGCAUUCGGAGGGCUAUCCAGUGUACUGCUUCGUUGAGGAGGAGAACCAGUUGUCCUACAUGCUCUUAAAAAGUUUAGGCUUCACUGAGGAUCUGUCUUAUAGGAAUGCUUGGUUUUACUUCAAUCAAUUGUCUCUGACUCCAUAAGUAGUUUGGGACAAGGA